CUUGGCUCUGUUUUGUGCUUGGAUCGCUAAAGUUAUAUUGAUAUUUUUUCUCUUGCCAUUUAUAAAGAAUGUCGGACUUUCAGGAAAUAAGCUACGAUAAUCCUGUAGACGGAGAUAUUUCAGUUCCAAUACAGCAACCAGAAGACGAUUUAGAUGAAUUGUCAACAUUGGACGAGCCUGUUAGAGUCACAUUUAUGAGAGAUUUCAAAGCUAUCGGUAGCAAAUUUGUCCAUGUUGUUUAUCCAAAGAAAGACAAAACCUUACUCAGGGAUUGGGAUUUAUGGGGUCCAUUAAUACUCUGUUGUCUCAUGGCAAUAUUUUUGCAAGGUCAAGCUACAGAUGAAAAGACUGGUGAAGGCGGCCCACAAUUUGCUGAAGUAUUUGUUGUUAUUUGGGUCGGUGCUGCUGUUGUCACACUAAAUUCACAACUUCUUGGUGGUGAAAUAUCAUUUUUUCAAAGCGUGUGUGUUCUUGGGUAUUGUAUGUUUCCUCUCGUCGCUUCACUUAUUUUUUCCUGGCUUAUUGUACAUUUUAUAUCUCAAAAUAUUGGAUUAUUUAUUGUUCGUUUUAUAGCUGUUUUUCUUGCGUAUGGAUGGUCAAUAUUUGCCUCUGUAGCAUUUCUUGGCGAUAGUCAACCUCCGACUCGCAAAGCACUUGCUGUUUAUCCUAUCUGUCUAUUUUAUCUUUCAUUGGCUUGGAUGAUUGUGACUCUAACAUAAUGAUAAGAAAAAGUGCUGUUAUCAAGGUCAUGUCAUCUCAAUAGUAUGGUACAAGAGAAUCGUCAGUUGUUCGAAGUGUUCAUAUAUUCAGCACUACAUAAGACCAGAUAGACUGGAAAGUAGAUUUGUCCUAUGAGUUAUGAUAUCUAUUAUACCUGACUGGAAUAAGCAUGGUCAUUUGGCUCUCCAGAACCCAGGACACCCUGAAAACUCAUGGCUAGGACAUAUCUGGAAGUUAAAUGGUAACUUCAAAUCCGGGUUGGAAAUAUAUUUCUUCAUACCUCCUUUGUUUGAAGGUAAAGAUGGAAAUGUGCAUCCCAAAUCAUCUCUUUGGAGUUUAUAUCUUGCUGUGCAUUCAGCUUCAGGUUACGUUUUAUGUUAUUGUCUUGCGCAAUACAUUUUUACAACCUGCUGCAUUCUUGCAAGUGACGAGGUGUGAGAUACUGUGCUCUUCGAUCGCUUUUAGACUAAUCAAAUGUUUUUCUUAUAUUAAUCGCAUUCAAUAUUGGUAGACGCAGUGCAUUUUUGAAUAUAUAUAUGUUAAUAUAA